AUGAGUCAGGCCCUUCAUGGAACGUUGACUGCAGAAGAUGCGCUGGCGGCACGGAGAAGUUUGCAGCGCCAAGAUUGCUUGCGCAAACAAAUUGAGGCUUCCUUGGCACAGUAUCCGGCCAGCUACCUGUACGACGAUGAGCUGGAAGGCCUUGAAGGCUGUCCGGAUGAGGUGCAGCUGGCACAACUCCAGGGGUUUCAGGCACUCCUCCGCCACAUCCGAAGAACGCUACAGACGUCACCGCGCAACGAAAGCUUGAAGGCUCUAACGCGGAAGUUCCAGGCAGCCGCGGAGAAACCUUCACCGAUGGCUGAGUUGUAUGAGGUUCUAGGAUUGCGACGCGACACAGCUGCGCUGGCUGUUGCGGAGGCGGUUGAAUCUGUGAAGCCCAGUAGACGGUAUGUACAGUGGCAGGCGGCUUGCGAAGCAGGGAAGAAAAGUGGGAAGCCCGAGGGCCAUGAGGAGGCGAUUCGUGAAGGGCUCCGCAGAAAGGCACGAUCUCAAGGUCUUCCUGCCCCCAGUGAAGAAGAGCUUUCCGAGCAGCUCAUCAAGAUCGAGCGCUCGAGAGAAGACCGAAGUGCUGAGCACCGGGAGAGAGCUGAGAGGCUCUGGAGUGAGCUGGGAACCGAUCCUGAGCAUCUGACGUGGCAGCGGGUUCGGAGUUUGUGGAAGGAAAGUGGCGGCGAAGAACUGCUGGCGCAGUACCAGGUUGUGGAUCGAGCACAGGGGGAUGACCGUCGGCUUCACGGCAGCCACUUCGAAGCCACCGACGCAAGGCAUGCAGCGGCUUUGGCCAUAGAGUUGCUGCAGUUGAGGGCAGAUCUCUUCCUGCCCGGAAAAGGCAAAGGAUCUUCUGCGGAUGGCGAAGCCUGCGAGUUUAAGUUCCUGCAAGGGUGCACCUGGUAUGACUCCAGGAUGCGCGUGUGCGGCGAGGUUGACGUGGUCGUCUUGGCAAGCAGUCCUGGGCAAGAGGCAUGGUGUGGGCUUGUGGUGGCCAUCAUCGAGAUGAAGAGUGGCUGGUUUGAGCUGCCAGCGGCCCUACUGCUGCAGCAUUCCUCCAAGCUCUCUGGUGCCCAGUUGGGAGAAGCUUCUCUGCGUUGGAGCAAUCACCGCCUUCUGCUUGGAGAACCCUGUGUUUUUGUGGCAACACUGAUCCCGCCUCAUCCUUUUGUGAUUGGGCUGGAUCCGGAACUUCUGCGGGCAAUCAGCAAGAAGCUUUUCCCAGGCAACUCGGAGACUCCAGUGGAAGAAGAUCUUAACGGAUGCAAACAGCUCCAUGACUCUCUCCGAAACGACGCACACUUGCGUGCCAGGUUGUCGAUGUCCCCAAGCGCGCUGCUUCGACAUCCUGAGCUGAAGCACCGGAUUCUGGUUCUUGGAUCGCAUUCCUGCGCAGCUUCCGACAGUGCAGCGUGGAGGCUGCUGCAACGCAUGGCGCAAGCUUGCACACGGGCUUGCCACAUACUCACGUGA